GUGCCACAUCAUUGGUGUCAGUGGGAGGAAUAGUGCCCCAUCAUUGGUAUCAGUGGGAGGAAUAGUGCCCGAUCAUUGGUAUCAGUGGGAGGAAUAGUGCCCCAUCAUUAGUGCCAUGUGGGAGGAAUAAUGCCCCAUCAUUGGUGUCAGUGUGGAAGUAAUAGUAACCCAUCGUUGGUGUCUGUGGGAGGAAUAGUGCCCCAUCAUUGGUGUCAGUGUGGAAGUAAUAGUAACCCAUCGUUGGUGUCUGUGGGAGGAAUAGUGCCCCAUCAUUGGUGUCAGUGUGGAAGUAAUAGUACCCUAUCGUUGGUGUCAGUGGGAGGAAUAGUGCCCCAUUGUUGGUGUCAGUGGGAGCAAUAGUGCCCUAUAUCUCAUACAGUUGCAAGAAAAAGUAUGUGAACCCCUUGGGAUUCCGUGGAA